GAUGGUGUAUGUUUUUAUUUUCAUUGAAAGGGUUUGAAAGAAAGGGCUAUGGAGGUGCACAAUAGUAUGAGCCAUGGCCUGGUCGCGCUAUUGCUGGUGAUGAUUUGCUUAUCUUGCAUCAUGGCUAGAGUGUGGGCUACAAUCGAGCAGUUCGAGGUGCAGCAACACCUGAUUCGAUUGGAUAAACCUGUCAAAAGCAUCAAGAGCCCGGAUGGGGAUAUCAUAGACUGUGUCCAUAUCUCUCAUCAGCCAGCCUUCGAUCAUCCUUCGCUCAAAAACCAUACUAUCCAGAUGAGACCAAGUUUCCACCCAUUAGGCUUAUAUGAUGAGAAGAGGGUGGCAUCAAAGAUGGAAACUAGCUCCAUACCUCAACUUUGGCAUCAAAAUGGGAGGUGCCCAGAGGACACCAUCCCUAUUAGGAGGACUAAGAAGGGCGAUGUGCCGAGGGCUAGCUUUAUCGAAAGAUUUGGAAAGAACAUGCGUAGGACAAUCCCAAAUGCAACUUCUAUAGAAUCCAACAGGAAUAAUAAUAGGCAUGAGCAUGCAAUUGUUUAUGUAAGGGGAGGUAAGUACUAUGGAGCAAAGGCAACCAUAAAUGUGUGGAACCCGAAGCUGGAACACGAAGAUGAGUUCAGUCUGUCUCAACUUUGGAUUCUUGGGGGUCCUACAGAGGUUCUCAAUACCAUCGAAGCUGGCUGGCAUGUUGAUCCAUUUCUGUAUGGAGAUCAUAGAACAAGACUAUUUACUUUCUGGACGGGUGACGGUUAUAAAUCAGUAGGCUGCUACAACCUACAAUGCUCUGGGUUCGUUCAAGUCAACAAGGAGGUAGCAUUGGGAGCCACCAUUUACCCCAUUUCUAGCUAUGGUGGACGCCAAUAUGAAAUCACUUUGUCUCUCUGGAAGGAUCCAAAAACGGGGAAUUGGUGGCUGCAGUAUGGGAAUCAAUCUCCAGUGGGGUACUGGCCUUCUUCCUUACUCCCUCAUCUGUCCGAUAGUGCCUCAGCGAUACAAUGGGGAGGGGAGGUUGUGAACUUAAAUUCAAAUGGUCAGCACACCUCCACGAAGAUGGGCAGUGGCCAUUUCCCAGAAGAAGGUUUUGGCAAGGCGAGCUUCUUCAAAAACAUACGAAUAGUUGAUAAGUCCAACUAUCUCCAAGCUCCUCGAGGGAUUCGCACUUUCGCUACACGAUCCAAUUGCUAUAAUGUGCACCCUAAGAACAAUGGUUACAUCUACUAUGGGGGUCCUGGUAGAAAUCCUAAAUGUACGUAGAAGGGCGUAGCUUUUUGUAUCUCCAUCUUGUUGGGCAAAGCCAAUAAUGAAAAAAAUAAUUGCGAACAAUCGGUGGA